GGUGCUCCGGCCAGUGCUCCCGAUGGACCUGCGCUGACCGCAGCUGUCUUGCCCGAGGCGGAGAGGACCAGACUGCGGAGACACGCGAGCGUGAGACCCCUGUGCUGCUCAGUUGGGGUCCGUGUGGACAGCGGUCCACUCCACCUCCGCAGGAGUCCCAAUUAGUCCCUCUAUCAGUCAGGACCCUAUAGUUCCGAGCGGUGCGCUGAAGACGAAGGGGGACAUCAGAGCGGCUCUUGCAUGCGGCGUCCUCUUCCUCCCCCUCAACUACCCCCCCACAGCCCCCCCAACUCCAGAGAGGAGGGGCACUGCUGCUGCUACUGCUGCCGCCACCGCCACAGCAGCAACACUCUCUGCCUGUCUGCCACCGGGCUUAGGAGCGGAGCGGAGAGGAGAAGAGGACACAAUACAGAGAAGAAAAGAGAGAGAGAGGGAGAGAGUGAGAGACAGAGAGAGAGGGGGAAGAAGCAUUUCUCUUUCACAGAGAGAGAGAGAGAGAGAGAGAAGGAAAAGAGCACUGAAGAAGAAAGACGGUACUCCAGAGACAGAGUCUUUGCCUGCUGUGUCCCCCACUCUGAUUUGGAGAGCAGUUCACUGGGAGAUGGCUCAGAAGUGAAGCACAGCUGAGAGCACCGCGGCGACCAGGAAGGAGGUGUGAAGGACAAACAGGGUUGGAGGCAGAAGAGGAGGCAGAAUGCCAGGUGUGUCGGGAAUGAGGACAGGCGUCGGUGGGAGGAUGCUAGGUGUGUCAGGAAUUAGGACGAACUUUGGAGGAGGAUCUGGGAUGAAGAGCAGCACCUACAUCGUGCCGUGCUUCCUCUUCGUGGAGCUGGUGAUCAUGGCCGGGACGGUUCUCCUGGCGUACUACUUUGAGUACACGGACACGUUCCCCGUCCACGUCCAGGGCUUCUUCUGCUUCGACAAGACCUUCUCCAAGCCCUACCCGGGACCGGAGGACGAGAGCAAGGCUCCCCCAGUGCUGGUGUACUCCCUGGUGACGGCCAUCCCUACUGUGCUGAUCCUGAUUGGGGAGCUGAUGCGCUUCUUCAACAAGUCGGCCGCCACGCAGGAGAGGACCAUCGUGAGCGCAGACUGCUGCUACUUCAGCCCACUGCUGCGCCGCAUCGUUCGCUUCCUGGGUGUGUACUCCUUUGGCCUCUUCACCACCACCAUCUUCGCCAACGCUGGCCAGGUGGUGACAGGAAACCAGACGCCCCACUUCCUGUCGGCCUGCCGGCCCAACUACACGGCGCUGGGCUGCCAGUCUCCGGUGCAGUACAUCACGGAGAGGAGGGCCUGCACAGGAAACCCCUACCUGAUCGCCCACGCCCGCCGCUCCUUCCCCUCCAAAGACUCCGCCCUCAGCAUGUACUCCGCCGUCUACACCGUGAUGUACGUGACGAAUGUGUUCCACACCAAGGGCACGCGACUGACCAAGCCGACGCUGUGUCUGACGGCCCUCUCUCUGGCCGUGCUGGUGGGAGUGGUGCGGGUGUCGGAAUACCGGAACCACUGGUCAGACGUGCUGGCCGGGUACCUGACUGGAGGAUCCAUCGCCGCCUUCCUGGUGACCUGCGUGAUCAACAACUUCCAGCAGACGCGGCGUCCGGCCGUGGUGCCCCUCCCGCUGCGGCCCCUUCCGCCCCAGGCCACUCUGAGCAUGCCCGCCGUCACCCUGCCCCGCGUGGAGAGUCCACUCGAAAAGUUAAGUGGCCUUCAGGCUCGACGGGGUCCCUAUACUGAGAUCACAUGACCAUCAGCCUUUCCUGUGCCCCGCCCCUCCCGACGUCCUUCUGCACUCGCGGCGCUGCAUCUCCAGCGCAGUCUAGACCUGCCCUCGGACCGUGCCCCCCUGUGCGCCGCGCACCCCCGCGCACGCGCACCCCUGCUCCGCUCCUACUCCACUCAGGUCUAGACACGACGCCCUCCCGUCACACACACACACACACACACUCACACACUCACACUCCCCCUCAUCACAUACACUACAUAUAUCAUGUCUACGCCCGUCUGGACUUUUAAAAUAUUCCUACAGCAAUACGGUUGACAUUUCUAUUCCAUUCGUCCCCUUCACCUUGUCCUCCAUUUCACUCCCUUCUGUCCUUCCCUCUUGGAUUUUUCUUCCCACGUGAAAAAGGAAAUGAAGUUGCCGGACUAUGAAAUGAACUUCAGCCAACAGUGCAACUUCUACUUAAAAGCAUUUAAGUAUUUUGAAUACUGCACAUGGAUAAUACAAUGAACACCCUUGGCACGCAAGGCUGAAACAAAAACAACAACAUACUGGAUCUAAAACUGAGAAAAGACACACCACUAAUGGACUCUUCCUGUUUUACUGUUGCCAACGUCACUGUUGCCUGUGGAAAUAGCUAAAGACACAAUGGCUAAGAACCGUUCAUGGACAGUAUGGAAACGACGGACUGUUUUUCUUGAUUUUAUUCAAACCAGAAAACAACAAUUACACUAUAGGUAGAGUUGUAUAGCAGAGGCACUGUGGUAUCUUUACAUGAUUUAAAUAAGGUUGAGUAGGUUGUUUUCUUGUUUUUGUGUGUGUGUGUGUGUUUUGUCAGAGUAUCGCUUUCCUGUUUAAAGUAUUCAGAUGCCCCUUGGUCAUGGCACCUGUAGCUCCAUCCAACAUUCCAAACCAGACCGUUCAAGUAGACACUGGGGAUGGAUUCUGUCUGAGAAAUCCUGAAUUAGAUGGACGCAGUGGACUGGUAUGACUAGUAGUAACAUUGUAGGCAUGCACAAGCACAUUCAUAUACACAAACACGACACACAAUACACAAACGCCGAAAGACAUUUUCCCAGGUCUGUAUACAAACUCAUUGCAAACUCAUAUAAAUCACUGGUUAAUUGUUUUUAUUCUCCUAUUGAUGUAAUUGUUUCAUGACUUGAUAGCUAUGAUAUGUCUGGGUUUUUUUUUACCAUGUUCACAGACCUCACUUGGCAUGGACGUUUUAUGCUGAUGUUAGUUUGAACAAAUGUCUUUGUUGUUUCCCAACGGCUCCCUUUUUGAUACACCCUGUGGUGCAGCGUGGGCAGCUCUCUUCUCUUCUCUUCUCUUCUCUUCUCUUCUCUUCUCUUCUCCCAUCCUGCUUUGCGGCUCAUUUCCUUUGUGUGACGCUGAUCUCCAAACCACAGCCAUGAGCUCAUCACAUCACAUCCGUCUGCACACACAGGCCAACCCCUACACUUUUCACAGGGGUGCUUGUCUUGGGUCAGUUGCUCAACGCUUUCAACAGUGUCAUAGCAGACACAGUGCAUUUUCUCACAUCUCCUUCUCUUUGUUUGUUCAUCAGGGUAUUCUUCUACCCCCACGUACGCACUUUCAUCUUACGAACCUGUAUCAUUUGUUUGAUGCUUUCAUCAGUCUAGUGCGUGUAUCACUCAGAGGUCCACCAGAGGAAGCAGGAGAGGACAGGGGGCCAUUUUACCACACAAGGCUCCAGUCCCCUGCCUCUCACCCUCUCCACACUGUAAUGUUUGUAAAAGUUUGUAAAUACAUUUCUUUUUCAAAUAAAAAUGGCUAUUUUAUGGAUACAAUGCUUAUGGGCCAUGUAAAAAAAAUCCCAAAGUGUAUUUCAGAAACAUUAACAUAAUGUCAGUGCAGUGGAAUAUGAGACAGCGUUGUUUGUUUCAUGAUCACAGAGGGACCAGCAUAAUCAUGCAUUCAGCAAAUGUAUAGUUUUUACACUAAGCAUUGAUAUGACCCUAGGGCCUCUCUCUAACUCAG